AUGUCCUUUUGUCCCAGAUUAGGCUCUUCGAGGAGCCGAAAUGACAGAAAUGGCGAACCGGGCAGGUGGUGGAGAGACUCAGGACCUCACGGUUCCUUUCCAAAAUCGGAGGAGCAAGCUCGAAGUCAUAAUGAAUGGAUUAGGAGAGAAAAGCAUGUCGACCAGCCCGAUGCGAACGCUCGAGCACUGAACGCCGUUUUGAAAGAAACCGCUGGGAAACUUUACGCCGACCGGAUGCACUUCCUACUCGAGCUACUGCAGAAUGCCGACGAUUGUCAAUAUGCUCCAGGUGUGACUCCGACCGUGAACCUCACAUACAAAGAGCAUGGCGAUGGGCGUGCGACAACUUUACGUAUCGACUGUAACGAGAUAGGGUUUCAUUCAGAGAAUGUUCGCGCUAUCUGUGGAUUCUGUGAGAGUUCCAAGCCAGCGGCUAAGGAUCAAAACCGUACCACCGGCGAGAAGGGCAUGGGAUUCAAGUCGGUGUUUGAAGUAGCCGACGUCGUGUGGAUCAGCUCGGGGUUCUACUCAUUCAAGUUUGUCAACAACGAUUCGGGGAUGUUGAGCAUGAUUACGCCUCACUGGGCGAAGCUGCCGGACGAUGAGCGUAGACUUCGAGGCCAUACGUCAAUGCUUCUGGAGCUGUCAGCUAAGUGUGACAAGGGUAUUCUGCUCGAAAAUUUCAAGUCAAUGAGCCUAGACACGGUGUUGUUUCUUCGGAAUCUAAAAAGGAUCAAGAUCAGCACGAUUGAGGCGGGAAAGAAGCGCUGGGAGACAACUAUCAAGAGACUCGAUGAUGGCCCAACGAAAGACGGCAUGUUCUCACGUACGAUUCAGAUAGGUGACACCUUGGCUUCGUAUCACGUCUUCAAGCAUGCCGUCAACGAGAGGGAUUUGCGCUAUGAUGAUCGUCGUCGAGACGUUAAGGAUUCGCAGAUCCUGUUGGCGUUUUCCAAAGCUGAUGAUCUGUCUCUCCCUCGCCAAGACCUGAAAGCGCAAAAGGUUCACGCAUUCUUGCCUAUUGACCACUACGGCUUCAAGUUCGCAAUUCAGGCAGAUUUUAUCUUGGUCAGCAGUCGUGAGGACGUGGAGGAUUAUCCAUGGAACACAUCUCUUGUGUCCCAGAUCCCCACAGCCUUCCUGGGAGCAAUCAAGGCUUUUCAAUCUCAGGAUGUUUUCUCGUGGAUCUCAUACGUUCCACUUGACCACUACGCAGACACAUUAUUCCAAGACGUUCCUGCGGCUAUAGUGAACGUCUUGUCAGAGAAUCCUGUCCUGCAAUCCGAUCAACGCGAAUGGCUACUCCCAUCCAAAUUGGCGAUACUCGGGGUGCACAUGCUCUCGGGGGAGGAGUUCAUGGACGAUCUCGAAGCCUUCCUUUCCGGUGACCCAGCCAAAUUCCAGCAAAUGGAGGCUACCUGGCAUGCCAGUGUGGCUGGUGUUCUUAUCUCGUUGAUCAUGGAACUGGAUGCCAUCACAGCCAUGGUCUAUCGCCGAAGAAUCUCAUAUUGGAAUCUGAUCCCGGUGUUAAAACAUGGGGAAAAUCCAGGCUCUUUGCGGCACUGUGAAUGGGUGUCAUCAAGUCAAGGGACCAUUUUCUUACCUGCAGGUCCUCACAUCAGUCUAGGUCUCCCGGGGGGUCUGGAUCUCUUUGAGGUCCACGGGAGUGCUGCGGAGCACCCUAUCUGGCUGGAUCUUUUGCGACUGCUGAAGGCUGAGCAGUAUAGGGUGAAGAGAAUAUGCGACAUCAUCGUCUCGCGGCACAAAAGCCCCGACUUUUCGCCGGCGAACCAGAGCCGGGAUGAUCUUGUGUCUCAUGUCGUAUUUCUGAAGAGAGCACGCUGGAGCCCACCUGACGGCACCAAGGGAGAGCUAUGGUUCGCGGCCAGCAACCACUCCUGCCAUCGAGGGUCAUCGAUAUACAUGAGGGGAGACUCUGUCACGCAAGCGGGCGUUCCCUUCACUGCGGAUGGGGGCGAAUCAUGGGUAGUCUGGCUUGCCCGAUGCUUUGACCUGACAAUUAUUCCGCGAUUGACUCUCAAGGGCGGCUCCGGAUCGAGCCAGUUUACAGUUACCCCUGAAUUCCAGUUCAUUGUUCAAAAUGACCCGCAAGCUGUGCUUGAGCUACUGCGGGGAUUUUGGCAUCUCUAUCGUGAAUGGAUUGUUGGAAAAACUGGGAACAACCCGAAGGGCUCUACGCCAGAUCAAGCGUCAAGAUCGAGGAUGAGAGCGUUCCUGUCGUCAAUGGAAGUUCCGUGUCUGGGAGGAACAAAAGGGAUACUGCGCAACACCGUCUUGCCUCGAAGUAAUGUCACCCGGGGUAUCAAGCUCCUAACCUCUGUUCCCCAGGAAGGACCGAGAGUGACUAGGGCACAGUGGGAGCAGAUCCCGACCACAAAGGCCGCUAAGCAGACGGAAACAAGCAACAUCCAAAAUCAACGAGCCGUAACCACCCCGCCAGAGCCUCUCGUGGAAGCAACAGACACUUCCGAGCCCCAGAGAAAGUCCGCUGGACAUUUCUUGAGAUUCCUCAGGCGCUUGCUGCCCCACUCAGCACGAAAGAGAAGCUCUCUUCCAGAAGUGAUAGACGAGAAUCCAGUACUCAUGUCCGACCCACCACCGCCUAACAUCAGGACCCAGGUAGACUGGCCCACGAGCAGACCCGGAGUUGUACAUGUAUCAGAGGGUGAGGCAAAGUCUCCGGAGGACCAAACGGCUGCUUUUACGGCCAGUUUAGAGUCCCGGCCAUUUCUUCAGGUCGGGGAUCCUGAAGACAAAUCCUGGGAUUUUCUUGAGAACUUCGGAGUUCUUACCAAGAUCGGCAUGAAUCACUUUCUGGUUCAACUUCGACAGCUGAAAGGCUCGACCAGCACAGCAUUGGAGACUGCUGCAGUGUUCAAUGAGCAUAUUGAACAUGCCAUCGGGCCCGAUGAUAUCAAGAUUGCUCGGCAAGCUUUUGCGAGUGAGGGGCUUAUGCUUGUUCCAGAUCCAGAGACGACAGGCGUUCGCUGGCUAACUCUUGAAGAAUGUGUCUGGGAUGGCCCAGAUUGCCUGAAAAGAACGCCCCGAUUGAAGUAUAUCUAUCCCUCACGGAUUCAACUGUUUUUGUACAUACUCAGGUGCCAAACUUCGGAUCUCCUGAUGCUCCUUCACGAAGCACAAAGCAUCCGCGAGACCGACAACCUCGAGCACAUCGCGCAAGUCUUUGAGGCAAUAUCCAAACAUCCCGAUCUUAGCGACAAUUCAGCACAUCCGCUACGGGAGUUGCCAAUCUUCCCCGUGACGCCGGCGGAUACUCCAGCCGGGUCUUAUCGCCUGCGAACUGCCUUGGACUCGGACGAAUGGUACAUUCCAGACGACCCCAAACCGACUCGUGUCUUUGCCAACUUAGAUGUCUUGUCAUUCGCUUCAUCCUCGUUGGAUUCAUACAAGUCCUUCUUUGACCGGCUCAAUCUGCGUCACCGCCUGCUUUCCGUCGCCGGAGAGAUUGCCCUUGUACCAGAGGGUGAUGUUCAGCCUGUUCCAUCAUACGAAGCAUGGCUUAAGAGAAUGCGUUUGGUGAUUGCGCUCGUGCCAACCUUGUUAGCGAACAAGGAAGAGAUCUUGAUUCGCCUGAGGCAUAUCCAUGUUUUCAAGGUCCAUCGAGCCACUAUGAGUUGGAGGGUCCGCAAGAAAGACCUAUCAAUUGCUCUCGUGAAAGAGUCUGUGGUGAAAUGUGUCGUUUUGCUGCCUGCCCACGAGCAGGAUCUCAAUAUCUGGUUGACAACUCAGGGGACCGCGGUCGAGACGGACCGCCUGAGAAAGCUAGCCUUCGAACUGUCCGAUUUUUGUGGCAUCACAAACGCUAAACAUAUCGAUCUGCUCGUCAGGGUCUUGAUAGAACAGAAUCGCAACCAUGUCGAGGAUGAGUUUCGGGCCUUAGGGGUUGCGUUUGAACCAACUGAUUCUGCCGAAACCUCGGAGAUGGUCGAUCAGCUUCCCAUGACAACCGAUUUCGGGCCUUCAACCAAGGAUAGCCUUGGCGAUGGUGGAAAAACUCAAGCUGUAAACGCAGUAUCCGUUGACCACCCGAAGGAAACAGAUGAGACUCGGGUUGUGGAUGAAACUCCAGUCACCGUUGAAGACCAGCCCAAGGGCGAAGGUACAGUUGAGACUCCAAACCAGAGUGCAGAGACUGGUCAGGAGGAUUCCGAAUCCAUCUCUCACUCCAAACAGUCCGAGAGUGAGGACACAGAGCAACUUACGGCCAAGUCAAACUCUCUAAGUCACGAGGUCACAGAAGAUCAGGAGAGUCUGGAAAGUGGCACUAACAAUGGAGCAUCGAAGACCGUUCAAAAGCCUCGGCAAACCAAACGGUCCGAGUCCUCCAAGACCCGGAAGGGCUCCCAGACGACACGUACAAUUCCCGUCGACAACAAUGACUCGAAAGAAAGCCUCGAUCAAGUCACCACAGAAGAGGAUUCCAGUGGUGAGACAGAAGAUGACAAAAGACGCCGCGGAAGGAGCCUGGGUGGUCGACCAGGCCUCCCCCAAACUCGAUCAACAAAUGUUCUACCCUCCAGAGAUCGUUCUGCAGACAAACCGGAGCCCCGUCCAAGAACACCAAAGCCACAAGGACAUGACGAGUCUUCUUUUAUCAACAUGAAUCAAGGCUGGAUCACAGUUCCUCGCCCGAUGACCAUCUUCUCGGGUGAAGAUACCAAGGAGACGAGAUACUUUGGCGAGCUCUAUCUCAAGAGAAUGUCACUUGUCAAUCAGAAGCACAAGGUGACAGACGUGUACAUAUUGGUGCGCGUCUAUCAAAUUCAGAAGGAACCCGGUAUUUACAUAUAUGUUGAUCCGUGGGGACUGCAGCUGAAAGGAGAAAUUCUACUCGAGACAGAGGCCAGCUACAGUGCCCACCUCCCUUACUCAACAGAACCUUUCCUGAAGUUUUCUGCAGCCAGAUUCACCGAGGAUACACAUGAGAUUUACACCGGCCUUGAUGUCGGGUCGUGUGAAACCCGUCUCCUCAGGCUACAGCUACUGGACGACGGCGAUGAAGACGACAAGCCCAUUUGCGGAAGCCUUGACGUCUUUGACCUAGGCGAUCUCGAUGAGCCGUUUUGGGCCAUCUCAUACUUCUGGGGGCCCGACCCGGACGGUCCUGCGCCGUCAACCUUUACGUCUGACCGGGGCAAGAUGCCUAUUACUGAAUCUCUUGCAUCGUGCCUCAAGUGUUUGCGGCGGAAGAGAGUGUCCACUCUACUCUGGGCCGAUGCGCUGUGCAUCAACCAGGAUAAUCCAAUGGAGAAGGCACUUCAAGUCCGACGGAUGGGUUCUCUUUAUCAUCAAGCAGAGAAGGUCUUGGUCUGGCUCGGCACAAGUGGUCACAAGAGUGAGAGUAGUCCCGCCAUGCAGCUGAUGGGCGAUCUACACAGGCCGUUCUGCCACGCGAGAGGCCGCUGCCGGACGAGAAAAGGUCUCUCGGAGCGGAAUUCAAAAGCGGCUAGAGUCCCUGACUUGUCCUGGAAGGAUGUGGAUGGGUUUUUGGGCCAUAGUUGGUUUACCCGCAGCUGGAUCGUGCAGGAAGCCGCUGUCUGUCCCAAGAUGACCAUGAUGUGCGGUCAGUCCGAGAUAGAGUGGGAUUGCUUCAUGGAAUCACUCAUGGAGUGCAGCAAUGGUUUGAACAGACAAGGUGGGCUUGACGACAAUGGCGCCUUUUUGGCCAACUCUAGGCCCGCACUGGCCCUCCAUAGCCUGCGGGAGAGGUAUCAAGGGGGCGCAAAGUUCGACUUUUUGAGGCUCCUCGACAUGUUCUCGUAUACCCAGGCCUCCAGACCGCGCGACAAGCUCUUUGCCCUGCAAAACCUGGCGAGAGACGUUGCUACAGAAGAUCCCCUCUUCGUCCCAGACUACGACUCCCCAGAGGGAGAAGUGCUGGCAAAGUACGCCAAGGGAUUGGUCCACAAAGGAAGGGGACUAGAUCUUUACCGAGCAGGAAGCGAAAAGAGCUCCAACAUUUGCUCUUGGAUACCCGACUUGCUAAACAGCCGGCGAAGAGAAACGACCAUCUCAACUUGGGAUGCUGCUGGGGGAGAGGGUGGCUUCAGCGCAGGGAGGCCAGUCCCGCCCAGGAUCCGUCUCCAGGACAUGGGGUCUCAACACGUCCCAAUUCUUGCAGUGCGAGGUUCUAUCAUCGACGAGGCAGACGACUGCUUUGAGAUACACUUAUCCGCGGGCAUGAGGGUCGCUUUUGCCGACGUGCUCGAGAAGAUGCGAGGCUAUACAUCGCACCUCGUUGACUACCCAGGCUCCGACCAAGAUAAAAUGGCGACAGACAGAAAUUGGAGUGACAAGCUCAUGAUCAAGUGUCUUGUCGGGGACGCCCGAGGACCUCAAGUGGUAUCGAGGCAGUCUACCACUUACGCAACGGAGGCAAACGGGCGAACACGGGCGACAACGGCGACUUGGAAGGACAAGGACUGGGAAGAGAUCCUUGACCUGGAUCUGGGUCAAAAUGCUUGGAAGUACCAGAAGGAAACCUCACCACAUUCACAAAAGCGGCUCAUGCAGUUCUGGGAGACGGCUGUGGCCUUUGCCGAUAACAUCCCACGUGCCGUCUUCGCCACGACCAAGAACAGGUACGCCGGAAUCAUCCCGGGGGCGGCACAACCGGGAGACAAGAUAUUCAUCGCGGAUGGGGCCAAGGUUCCAUUUAUCAUCAGCCGCUCUGCGAGGGUAGCGACGUGCUACAGGUUGGUUGGGGAGUGUUAUAUCCAUGGGAUCAUGUACUCUCCGCCAUCGUCGGCUCCUCGUAAGGGGGAGGAUAUCCUACUCAUUUAG